AUGCCUAUUUUAGUAAAAGAUUUCACGUGGUCCCAAACCAAUAAUGUUGUCCAUAUCAGAGUCCCGUUAAAUCCAGUUGCGCAUGAGAAAGUAGAUUUAUUUCCUACUGAAAAAUACAUUAAGGCUAAUUUCAGUCCAUUUCUGUUCGAAGUGUUUCCGCUUUACGAUGUUGAUAUAAAGAAAAGUAAAUGCUUUGUAAAGGAAGAUGUGAUUAUUUUAGACUUGAUGAAAUAUGAAGAAGUUACUUGGGAAUGUUUAGAAAAGGAGCUUACAAAGGAGGAGAAAAUGAAAAUAAGGCAAGAAGUUCUUGAAAAGUGUCUGGAACAAGCAAAACAGGAAUCAGAAGAAAGGAAAAUUAAAAAGAGUCAGUUGGAUAGGUACACUGUUCAGCAAGCGAUGGAAAUAGAUAGCCAACAACAUAAGCUAAUGGACUCUAGACGAGACUUCGAAAGGAAGAAAGCUAUGGAUGAGUUAGAGGAAUGGAGAUUAGGUAAGGUGAGUGUUACCGAAGAGCCUAAUGAACCUAAACUACCAGAAGGUCAGGGGGAUGAGAAAAUUAAAGCACUACCACCAACAAAAUGCGAAGAAAGAGUCGAAGUCAAAGAAGAUAAAAAUGUGGAGCAAGUAAAAAACGAGGAGAAAAUUAAUAAAGAACCCCAAUCAAAGCCAGUACCGAGAGUACAGAAACCACCAAAACCUGUGAAGACUCCAGUAAAGUCAGAAUAUGUAGAAAAAAAGAAACAGGAGACUGCAAAGAGAGUGCUUCCUAUGCUGAGGCCAACUAUGAAUCUAGAGAUAAACCACACGGCGCGAACUUUCCCCACGCCUAGCAGAGAAUCUACUGCAGAGGAAGAACAGGCUUGGCUGAAGAACAUCACCUUAGCUAGGCGAGCUACUGGUUUCGUCUCCGAAGACCUACGACCAGAAGAACAAGAUCCUCAAUGGUGCAAGGCAAAGGGUGACGAGUUCUUCAAAAGUGGCAAUUUUCUCGGAGCAGUCAGUGCUUACACUCACGGCAUAACGCUGUCGGAUAAAUUGCCCAGUCUGUUCGCUAACAGGUCCGCGACACAUUUCGCACUCGGCAAUUUCAAUAAAUGCCUAAAUGACUGUUCCACGGCGUUAGACCUUAUGAAGCCAGCUUGUGAGAGUAACCGACGCAGUCGUGCGAAGUGCAUCGCCAGACGUGCGGCCGCACUCGCUCGCCUCGGCUACCUCAACAAAGCCAUAGACGAAAUGAAAGCUGCCAGCAAACUACUACCGGAUGACGAAACUAUUAAAAAAGAUAUUUAUGACAUGGAAAGAGCUUGGGAACAAAAUCCUGAUUCUGACUAA